GUUGUAAGUAGAAGCAGAAAUAAAGAGAAAGCUAUAGAGCUUGGUCAUGCUUAUGAAUUAUUUAUUAGAACUCUACCACUUCCAGAAAUUACUAAAGAAUGUUUGUACAAUGAUAUAUUUGCUAAUUGGUUAUCUGAAGAAUGGAUUGAUUGUUUUAUCGAUGGUGGUUGGUUGCCUUCUGUAAAUGAUCGCCCAGGUGUAAAACCUAUGACUACAAAUAAUCUUACAGAACGAAUGAACAAAUCAAUCGAAGGCAAACAUAAAAAUUCUUCACAAUUUAUAUUUGAAGCUGGUCAA